AUGUCACAUUCAGUAAAAAUUUAUGAUACAUGUAUAGGAUGUACUCAAUGUGUCCGAGCCUGCCCAACGGAUGUAUUAGAAAUGAUACCUUGGGACGGAUGUAAAGCUAAACAAAUAGCUUCUGCCCCAAGAACAGAGGACUGUGUUGGUUGUAAGAGGUGUGAAUCCGCCUGUCCGACAGAUUUCUUAAGUGUUAGAGUUUAUUUAUGGCAUGAAACAACUCGAAGCAUGGGUCUAGCUUAUUGA